GUAGACAUGGCAAAAAAGAAGGCCAAAACCCUUUGGAAGCGCCUAAAGAGCCCCAGCAAAAUGCAGAUUCUAUAGUUUUUCACUCUUUUUUUUCCCCUUCUAAAUACAUCUUCUAAAAUUCCGUUGAGGAGAAAAUGGCACUGGGAUUGCUACUGGGUAUAGGGAGAGCUUUCAGAAAGAAGAGCACAGCGUCUCUUGACAUUCUUACUGCUAAAAGGGGUCCAAGAAAUUACUACAAAGGAAAGAAUUGCAAGCCCACUGGUUUUCAUACUCGUAAAGGUGGUUAUGUUCUUGUGCAAGAAAAACUACCAAAUUAUGUAGUUCUAAAUUUGAGGGAUUUUCAGCUGAAGCCAUAUGUAUCUCAGUGUGUUAGAGAAACUCAAUCUAUGGGGGCUGCUGAUGCUGCUAAAUGAUUCUUUCAAAAAGCUGAGUGGGAUGUGCUUGCUCAAACAACUAUUACUAAUCUUCCUUUUAUGCUUCAGAUUUUCAAUGUGCACCAAGUUUUCCAAAUGCAAUUUCCUGUUUUAUAAGCUCAUUCCUUCUUAGAUUCAAACAUUUAUGUUACUUAACCAGUUAACCUUAUUAGAAGGGACGCCCUCGCGUUUGCACAAAGUGUUGCGUUUAGACGGUGUCAUCAGCCAACUCCUUUAUCUUUUUCUUAGACCACAUUCUCUGUGCAUGUAUUUGGUGCUUGGAAAUGGCGCAGGUGCUAUGCGUGAACAAUUAGGCGAUCUGGAUUUAUGUAUUAUUAUAGAGUAGUCCUUGUUAAACUGGGAAGAAUUGGGGGAAGAACACACAGGGAAUGAAUGGAAGAACAAAAAGUUAGUAGAAGAAAGGCCUUUUAAUGUAUUUAGUGAAGGUGUUCAUCUAUUUGUAUGAA